AUGUCAUUAAAAUUAAAACCUACUCUUGAAGAAGUGCAAGCCAUUGUAGCUUCCGGUCAAGGCAACACCAUCCCCAUCUAUGCUGAACUUGAAGCUGAUUUUUUGACACCUGUGUCUGCAUACCUCAAGGUAGCUGACCGUUGCGAUUAUUCUUUUCUGUUUGAAUCUGUUGAAGGUGGAGAAAAUAUCAGUCGUUACUCAUUUAUUGGCUCUGAUCCCUACAAACUCAUCCGAGUGGGUCCCAAUGAAGCCGUGAAUGGGGACCCUCUUGUCCCUGUUCAAAAGGAAUUAGAAAAUAUCAAGUACGUCAAAAUGCCCGGUCUUCCUACUUUUACAGGUGGUGCUGUUGGCUAUGUUGGCUUUGAUUGCUAUCAGUACUUUGAACCCAGUAUCAAAACUGAAGUCAGUGAUCCCAUCGGCAUUCCUGACGCUAUUUUCAUGAUGUGCGAUACAUUGGUUGUGUUUGAUCGUGUUCGUCAAGUGGUCAAUGUGGUGUCCCAUUUCCGCAGCGAUGCGACCGAUCCCAAAGAAGUGGAACGUGAAUAUACCAAAGCAGCCGAAGAAAUUGAAACAACACUGUCCUUAUUGACCGAAGAUCGCAUUCCUUCUGUUCCUCAGGGUCCUGUUACCUUGGGAAAAGAAGCUGUUUCCAAUGUCGGUGAAGCUGGAUAUAAGGGAUUUGUCACUCAACUAAAGCACCACAUCAAAGAAGGCGACAUCUUCCAAGCAGUACCCUCACAACGAUUAGCACGUCCUACCGAUUUACACCCCUUCAACGUCUAUCGUCAUCUAAGAUCUUUGAACCCUUCGCCUUAUAUGUUUUACAUGAACCUCAAAGAUUUCACCGUCGUGGGCGCCUCACCUGAAAUGUUGACCAAGGUACAAGAUGGUGUCGCCUUUACACAUCCUAUUGCCGGUACCAGAAAGCGUGGAAAGACACCAGAGGAAGACAAAGCAUUAGCCGACGAUUUAUUAAAGGACCCCAAGGAGCGUGCAGAACAUGUCAUGUUGGUGGAUUUGGGUCGCAAUGACAUUAACCGUGUCUGUAAGCCUGAAACUGUCAAGGUGGAUAAAUUGAUGGAGAUUGAAUAUUACUCUCAUGUCAUGCAUAUUGUGUCCAACGUGUCUGGUAAAUUGCGUGAUGAUAAAACACCCUUUGACGCUUUCCGUGCCAUUUUCCCUGCUGGCACUGUCUCUGGUGCACCCAAGAUUAGAGCUGUAGAGUUGAUCCGUGGGUUGGAAAAGGAAAAGAGAGGUAUUUAUGCUGGUGUGGUUGGCCAUUUCGACUAUUCUGGUGAUUUAGACACCUGUAUCGCUAUUCGCACCAUGUUGUUUAAGGACGGUGUUGCUUAUUUACAAGCUGGUGGUGGUAUUGUGUAUGACUCUGUUGAAGAAGAUGAAUAUCAAGAAACCAUGAACAAGAUGGGCUCUAACUUAGCUACGAUUGAUCAAUGUGAACGCAAGAUUUACGAGCAACAACAACACAAAUAA